UUCCGCACACUGCGUGCGUGCUUUUGGUUGGCUGCUGCGCGCUGCAUUGAAUAGGUACGGUAACUCGACCGAUACAACAUACCUAUACACAUAUAUUGACUGCUGCUGCUCUUUAGAGGUGCUGGCGCUGCUGCUACACAGUAGAACUCGUGUCGAGAUGUCAACUUUCACGUAGCAAAACAUUGGCUGCUACAACUAGCCAGCACAACAUAAUUACAUAUCGCGCGCGGGCGCCUCUGCCACUGUUGCUCCGAUAUACGUAUUCAUAACAAAGUGCGUACGUGCGUGUGUGUUGAUUUUUUGGACGCACGUCGUCAUCGUCGUCGCACGAAUGAGCCUCGCGAAUUUCGAAAAUCUCAAGGCAGCCAGUAUGUCUGCUGCCACCGCUGCUGCUGACGUUUGAACACGCGUGUCUCUCUCUCUCUCUCUCUCUCUCUCUCUCUCUCUCUGAAAUCCGAAAGUGACAUAUCGAAGGGCCCCUAGCACGCUCUAUUGUGCACAAAGUGUGUUGCUGUGCGCGAGCAGUAAAAGCUCGCCGAGGCUAGACGAGACAACGCGACUGAUCCGCGAUGAAUAACGUCGAGAUCGAGGAUGUCUAUCAUCAUGACUUUACCACCGCCUCGGAAUGGGAGGUUUUUAUAGCGAGAUUGGAGGAAUUGAUACACGAGUGGAAGCUGCCACAGAGGAGAAUUGGUCCGCCGUUGAAGCAUGGCGAUUUUAUCAAUCUCCCCUGGGAUGAGACGUCCGAUAAGCUCAAUUUUGCAGAUGUGGAAUUUCGACUGAAACACUUUAAGCUCAGACUCGAGGAAGAAACAACUGACAAUGAUUGUAUUCUUGUGUCUGAAGAGCAAGAAGAUUGUUGGACCCAAUGUCAAAAAGAUGUCCUCAAUGCUUCCAAUGACUUUGUGCAAUUAGAUCAGAAUCACUUGGAAAUUGCUCGAUACUAUGGUAUAAGAGAAUUUUUAGUUUUAGUGCCUUCAAAAAAGAGUUCAAUACUCGAUGAAACUAGAAUAAAAAUUCUACUCAGUUCUUUGACAAUUGCAGUUAGCAAUGCUCGCUGUGAAUUGCCAGCAUUUGUUCAAGCACAAGAGUCAUGGCAGAAAUUUUAUUUGGGUGUGAAUGUUGGAAAAGGAUCAAGAAUGCAUUUGAACAUGGUUCAUUUGAAAAAAAUUCCCCCACAUUGCAGGCAUCUCACAGGUUUAUUAAGUUUAUUCAAACAGAAAAUAAAUGAAGGUUGUGGUAUUCAACUGGAUCCAGUAAUUGUAUCCGUGCGCUUGACAUAUUCUUUGAAAGAUUGGACAAGUAGUACAUGGACACAAGAACCGCCUGACUUUGAUUUUCUUCAAGGUGAAACAUUAGGUGUAGAUGAACUUGGUAAACUACCAUUUGGAGCUACAUUCGACCCAAUAAAAGAAUUUCAAUUGUUUGUUAGUUGGCCGGAAAUUUGUGAAAACGUCGUUGUAGACAGCGAGAGUUUCAGCGAUUUAGAGCCACUGUCCGCCCCGGAGUGGGCUCUACAAGUCGAAAUGGUUCCUGGUCCUGCUUGCCUGCUCGGCGAGUAUCUGUCGAAUUUUUUACUGCUCUGCAGCAAUCCGAAGAGCCUCACAGACAUUUUGGGCGAUGGCGCGGCUUACGCGACCGACAACGACAAUCAAUCCAUUGGCUCGGCCUUUAAUAUUCUCACGGAAUCGAAAAUACCGUCUAUCUCGACCGUCGUGCACAGAGCGACGUCCAAGUCGCGGAAAAACGUCGAGGGCCCCAUAACGGAGGACGUACUACUGCCAAUUCUUUACUUUGUAUUCCCCGACGCCGAGGGAAAGUCGAGAGCGGCAUACAUGAGCAGCUUCAGCAGCGUCGAUCAAGGAACCAGCAGUAGUAGCAGUACCAGUGGUGGCGUCGGCACCAGCUCCACCGUCAGCGGUGGUGGCAGCACAACCACGGCCGAAAACGUCAGCGGCGCCGGUAACAACAGCAGCAUCGACGACCAGUGGCGAGGCAUCAAGACGUGCGCCGUCGACAGCCUCGUCUGGCGUCUGGCCGUCGUGGCGGCCCACUGCGCCUACAAUCUCGGCGGCCAGGCCGCCCUGGCCCAGCUCUGGCACGAGUUCGUCCAAGAGGUCCGCUUUCGCUGGGAGAAAGGCAUCAUGCUGCCCGGAGUCGGAGCAGGUUUUCCUGAUUGCGUGCGCACCUGUCUUCUACACCAGAAACUCCAGAUGAUCAACUGCUGCAUAGCGAGAAAAAAGGCAAGGGAGGAGGUCGAGAGAAAAGUCCAGGGAAUGGAUAUCAAUGCCGAUAGCAGUGCAGGCGACUCGGAGGAGGACGAGUUCUUCGAGUGCCUCAACGAGGACGAGGGUGCCCAGGGCCGGCAUCAGCUCUUGUGGAAUCGUCCGGUGGGCCGAUUAGCCAAGCAUCCGACGCUGAGAUUGGUACAGACCGGCGAGCCGCUCUAUCUGCCCGUCACUCAGGAUCCGGUGCCCAAAACGGAAGACCAAUUAGAGGAGGACGCGCAGGUCAUGAUGCAACUCGGCACCGACAAGAAUGCCUCCGAGAUGAGAGCCCGCCUCAUGAGCGCCUCGCUCCUCUCCGAUAUGGAAUCGUUCAAGGCAGCGAACCCCUCGGCACAAUUGGAGGACUUCAUACGCUGGUACUCGCCGCGCGACUGGAUCGAAGACUCCGAGAGCAACGACAAGGACGAAUGGGGCCAGACGCCGGGUAAGCUCUCGCCUCGCAUGCUCAUACCCAACAAUCCGUGGGCGAGCACCUGGACGUCGGCCCAGCCCGUGCCGGCCUAUCGGCAGAAGCGCCUGUUCGACGACACCCGCGAGGCCGAGAAGGUCAUACACUUCCUGACGAACAAGCGACUGGGCCAGGUCGGCCAGCUGCUGCUGCCCGUGCUGACUCACGCGGCCCUCGUCGCUCUGCACGAGAAGAAGACGAGCUCGCUGCAGGGACUGCCCGACGUGCUGCAGGCCAUACACAGCAGGCUGCAGUUCGCCACUAAGCCCAUUCAGCAGAAGCUCCAGCUUUACGAGGACAUCAUUCGCGAUAUGGAGAGCGUCGAGACUCUCGUGGCGCAGAUGAACUCGUUGCAGCUGAAACUGUCGGACAACGAGGGCGACGCUCAAGACAAGGAGCUUCAAGCCUUCGUCGUGCAGCUGAUGCGAGGCAAGGAAGUCUCGGUGCCAAACGGUCCCAGAGGAGCUCUGGGAAAUCGAAUCUCAAAGAUGUUUUCCGACGCUCAGAAGGCGGCGCACACGAGUAGCACAGGUGGUAGUGGUAGCGGUGGAGGCAGCAGCGGUGGCGGCAACAGUAGCGACAGCGACGCAAUGUACGAUCCGCGAUCGAUGGCUUUCAAGCCGUUCCCGGCGCCGACCUGCAAGGAGUUCGUGCUGCGCGCCAUGGCCCCGAGACCGUCGCCCACGUCUAUCGCUCAACCCCAGAGGCUCUACGUGAGUCUCGACAAGGACAACAUUCGCAUGGCCGGAGCAUUUUCCGAAGACACGAUAUUUUACUAAUUUGCCGUUACUGUUAAGUUUUUUUUUACGCGCGCAAACACACGAACACACGUUUGGUUAUUUCUCGCACGUUUCUUGCGAAGUUAUGUUAUUCUUAAUCCGUUAUUCUGUGCGUACAAAAUUUAUGAUACGAUUGUUACAUUUCACACGUAUAUAAAUACCGACGUAAAUAUAGUUUAUCCAAUAUAUACAACUAACAUACGCGCGCUGUUAAAAAAUUCGUGAAAGGGUUGUAAUUGCGUUUUUUAUACAUACUGAAUUUUGUAUAUUUAAUAUUAAAAAUGAUU